GUGGUUUAAAGCUGUCUCUUCGGAAUGUCGGUUGGUUUAGAUUUCCAGGAGUCUCGGCUGAGGUCGAUAGUCGGUAUGUCUUCUAUAUCAGCAGAUUGGAUAAAAAUAAAAGUACUACAGAACCUUUCGAAAGUGGCAAUUAUAAAAAGGCACUCCAAGAGGCAAAUAAAAUUCUCAAAAAAACACCAAAUUGCACGUCAGCAAAGGCACUUAAAGCACUUACACUCCAUAGAUCUGGAAAAAUUACUGAAGCCAAUCUGCUAGCUAACGAACUCAUUAAGUCAUACCCCACUGAUGAGUCUACACUUAAUGUCAUCAUGUGUUAUUUUCGGAAAACUGGACAGGGCGAAAAAAUAGCUGAGUUCUUAAAACGUUCUCUUGAAAGAUCACCUAACAGGGAAGAUUUGUUGGUCUGUUUAUUCCUUCAUCAUGUUCAGGAAAGGAACUUUUCUGCACAGCAAGCAACUGCUAGGCUUCUUUUACAAAAAUUCCCGUCAAGUGCGUUCAACUACUGGGUUAUAAUGAGCACAAUAAUGCAAGCCGAGUCAAAUCCUAUAAUGGGGCAUCGUAUGUAUUUGCCGCUGGCGGAGAAGAUGCUAAUCAGGGAAGCCGAGAACGGAAAAAUGUCUAGACAUUCUGAGCUUCAGGUGCUAAUAGAAUUACUUGCUCGCCUUCAAAAGCAUGAAGAAGCUUAUAAACUUCUUAGUCGAAAAGACAUUACAGAUCGUAUAGAUAACGAGGACUACAUUUGCGAUUACUCUUCCAUGAAGCUCAGUUUGUUAGCUCAUUUAGACAUAUGGGAUGAUCUUUAUGAGUUGGCAAAAUCCCAAACACAAAUCAACCCAGACGACUGGACACCAUGGAAAAAACUAAUUGAGACGUCUUUAAAAGACAUACAGCGGUAAUGCGUUAAUAUUUUUAUGUCUUUAUCGCUUCGUAAUCAAAAUACACAACGCAUUAUAUCUUGUUGGUGUGGUCAAUACAGUCUUAAUCAAGUUUGUUCCACUUUGCUUUUAAACUUAGUUGUUGAGGUCCAGGUUGUGACUUUUGGGUUCAGUACCAAUAGAGUCCGGCUUCACCAAAUCUACAAAUUGGUAAUAUUUCCAAAAGAGAUCUAAAUUUGGUGAAACUCUACUUUAUGGACGACCUUUGAACGAAUUUUUAAGUGACCUUGAGAGCAUUAGCCAAUCAGAAAAGAGUUAGUAUAAAGUAAAAAUAUAUUCUAAAAAAGUAAUGAAUUACAAUGGAUAUUCUUCUUUUACAUGAUUUAAGAACUUGUUGAGGUUUGAUAAAGGUUCAGAAGUUUUGAGAUCAUAGUGCAUGCGGUAUAAGAACUCGUCCAUAUGACUCCAUAAUAAUCGUCCUCUGGAGCCGUGGUAGGGUCUUUAGAAAUACUUCAGCCUAGACCACACGCCCUCAAUGUUGUUUGUAUGGACCCCCGUCGUUGGAUCAACAAAAUGACGUUUGUGCACCACAACAUGAUGCAUAAAACCAAGUCUGGAGAGGCAUCUAUACACUUUUCAAUCAUCGGUAUAGCCGCAGCUAAUGUUACUUGAGACUUUAUGAUCCAAUUUGCAACGAUUAUCAUGGUUUGUCUUAGCCUUAGCCGUGACCGGUUAAAAAAGUGCCAGUUCAAGCUGAUUUUUUUCUCCAACAUAUAGUACAACGACAUACAAUGUCAUCGUGGCAGUCUGCACAUCGUGCUGCGGUCAUUUAAUUGCCGCAGUCACAGACACAGGAACUUCUUAACAGUGCCAUCUGCUGUAGUCUCUCAACGAUCACCUAUUCUCUAAAAUCUGCCGUAAAACGAUCGAAUGUGAGCAUCUUGCACUGAACUUACCGCCGUGACCUUGAAAUUCCUUAAACGCUUCUGAUUGGCUCGUCCAUAAAUUAGAGUCCUACCCUAAAUUUCACUAACAUACUUUCUUUUUGUACGUCUUACCGUAGCACAACAAGAAUUAUUCUGCCACCAAAUUCCAUGUGUCCCCACUUGCUUCAGUCAAGUACAUAGUAUAUUCCCCACUAAAAGCAUUCCAUAAAACCUACAUUAAUCACAAUGUGAUGGAUUAGAGUUAGCUUAAAGAGAUGAUGCAUAUGCUUACGUCCUUUUCUUAUCAAGAUUGUCUCGUGGAUCAACCGUGAAUGUAUGCAGUAAAUUCUUUAGAAUACGAUUAAGUUGUAAUUGUUCAUAAAUCACACUUUGUAAACGUCCUUUCAAUAUCUUUCUGGGUAUGUAUACGGUCUUUAAUGAACGACCUAGAACUUGGUACUGACAAAUAUCUGUUCAUGUAGCAACACUUUAGAGAAAAGAAAGUAGUAAGGGAAAUAAAUUGUGAAAAGAACCUCAAUGUUAGUGAGCAACCAAAAUUAGGACUAUAUUUUGUACACUGAAGAAAGUUGUUCUUUUUGGGGCCAGUGAUCAGACAUCGGAAUGUAAUUUGAAGCCAGUCGCACUCCGGUUCCGCUUUGUUUACUCAGUUUACUAUUCAGAAGUGUGUAGGUUCAAACCAGUGUUUUAACUCAUACAGUGAUGGAUCUGUCAGUUCACUAAAAGUAUAUAAACAUGUAAUACAUAUUUGCGCGAAGUUGUACUCUAGUGACGACUGAUCUCGAUGUGCAAAGAAUAUGUGCUUAAAGUUCUAUCUUUUCGUUAUUCCUUGUAUUUUAAAUAAAAUAAAUAAAUAGCAUAAUCUAUAGCAGUAAUUUAUAUUAGGUUUUGUGCAUUUUAAGUAAAUCCGAGUUACAAUACAUAAUUCGGUUUCCAUUUUAUUUUUUAAAAAUGUGUUUAACACAUUGUAAUCUCUUCAUUAUUCUUCCCCCUAUUAGCUUAGCAUAUGAUAUGUGGUCAUGGGUUAUUUGCAUCUGACAGCUUAGAAACAAAUUUAUCAGAUAUCUUUUAUAUGUUCGAAAAACAGGGAAUUGCCCCGGGGUAUUUAGUUAUAUGCACCAAUAGUGUUUAAGACCAUUUGUGUAGUAACCUUUAUUCUAGCUACUGUUUGUGGAUGGAUUCUGUUAAUUGGUGCUAAUCAAUGCUCAACACGUCUCUGUAUUUGCCGUUUCUGUCACAUUAGACGUUGAGUAAGCUUGCAAUCGUUUUUUUUACUUCGAUUUGUUUUAAACAUUGUUUGGUACUCAUUUACUAUUACUUUAAUAAAAGAUAAAUGAGCAGCCAAUUUUUUUUCAUAAAAUAGUGUAGAAAAAGUUAUGUCGUUAAUCGACAUCGCCAUAACGAAUCAUCCUUAUAAUCGUGGUCCGCAAUUGGCGCGUUUGGAUAUGUAUGCGAACCUGUUACAGUUGGGAAUGCAUCUUGUUUAUAAUCAUAAUCCAUUGACAUUCUUGGAGGAGUACUUUAAUACAUUCUCUCAUAAGCCCAUAUGUUCUAUGGAUUUGGCUUACCUUUUACGUAUGGUUUUACCAAAUGUGGAUGAUCAAAUCAAGUAUAUUAAUUUUGUUAUGGAGGUUGCUGAGACAAAUCUGAACUUCACAAACAAAGAAGAUAAGACUAUUUAUCGUCAUCUGUGCGCUCACCAGAUAGCACGUGCUAAUAAUCAAGGAGCUUCUUUACAGUCAUUACUUCGUUACUACUUCGGAUAUGCCCCAGAUCGUAGUGAAGUUUUACUAAAGAAGUUAAAAGAUGUUGCUGUUAAUAAUGAAACAACUCCUAUUGACCUUUAUCCAGUUGAUGGAUUUUUGCUAUUAUCUUUAUCCUCGCUUUUGGAAACAUCCUCUCCGGCUUAUGAGUGUUCCUUCUCUCUCGGAACUGGACUUCUUUCUCUUUACUGGAUUUAUAUAAUCGGAUUAGAACAUACAAAUCUUAAUCACCAUUUGCGCAUAAAAUUGUGUAAUUUAUACUCUUCAGAUUUUCUUAAUUGUCCUGAACUUAUAUUGCCCCAGUUAGACAAACUUGAAAUCAAGCAGUUGCUGUUUCUUUCACUAGGGCAUUUAAUUGUAAAACCCUCUCCAUCAUUGGCCAUGUGUACAAGUAUAGUGGCUAUACAGUCACAAGUUGACGAUAGUAAUUCUAUACAUAGUCUUUAUCAGAAGAUUAUAACACUUUCCAACAGUAUGGUCACGGAAGCGGAAGAGUUUUUAGUUGCUGCAUAUCGAAAACAUGCCUAUACAAAAGUUCGUGAAUUCACACAAUUUAUCAGCCAACUUCAUAAUGCUGACGUAUUUCUAACUGUCCGUGUUGAAAUGCUUCAUUGGCAGUUGAUUGUUUCACAACAUGACUUUGAUACACUUCUUGAGCAACUUGGUCAGGCUCAAAUUAGUAUUGAUAAUGUUACAAAACAACUUCCGAUGAUUGUUGAUUGCCGGGACUUUUCAGUCACACCGAACUUUGAUCAAUAUGAACGAGUUGAAAACGUUCGAUUGUCAUUUGACCAUUUGAAAUCAUGGUUAAAUCUCCGUUGUUUAACUCUAAAUGCUAUUGUCUAUGCAACUUCGCUUGUAAUGUCAAUUGUAAAAGUUGAACAUUAUAUGAUUUCCGAAAGUCAGCAUGAAAUUGCAGAGAACGUACCACCAGAAUCUGUCAAAAGUUUAAACAGUCUGUUAUCGACAAUGAAUGAUCUCGAUUCACAUAUCAAAGAACCAUCUACAAGAGAAUUAAGCAAUUUUAAAUUACUAUCAUGGAGUGUUAUGGUAAAACGUGAUCAAAUACUCAAAACAUUCCCUGAUUUGCCAGAUGUAUCAUGCGCUUCAUUAUAUUGUUACGGACCAUACCGAAGGGUUUUAUCUAUCGGUAUUGAACUUAUAUUAGGACUUCAUGGCCUGGUUUCCGAAAACUCUUCUGCUUUUACUAAGAAAUCUAUGGACUAUCUUCUUCAGUCCUUGUAUGAAUCCUUUUUGUCUGGACAGCUUACUUCUGAAGAUACAGACAUACCAAAGGUUUAUCCAGCUAUAAAUACUUCUUUACUGUCUUCACCAAAAGAUGAUCAUUUGCCUAACGGGAUUUCUAGUGAUAACGAUUUUGUUCAUCCUGGUGGUGUUUUAUUAAUCCUGACAAUGUUUUAUGAAAGUAUUUCUUUGGCAACUUUGCUAGUAUCAAUGAUUCAAAGUGCCUUACGUCCUAGGAGCCAUUAUCAUCAUGAAAUAAAUAAAUAUCAAAAGAGAAAGAAUAAAAAAGAUAAAGUAAUGAACACUAAUUCAAAUCAUUCUCCAAUUCUCAGUUUGUUAGACAAUUUCGCUGUUGGUUUAUACUAUACUACAACGAAAUUAGUAACUAUUGCUGAUCAACUGGUAGAGGUUACCGAUUGUUGGUCUACUUGGUGUCAUGAUGUUUCAUGUAAAGAAUUUCAAUUGAUUGCUUCAAAUGCUUGUACACAUGUGCUGUCUGAAGAUUUCUUAGUACAGUAUCCUGUACUAAAACCACCUAAUUGUGCUUUUGAAGAGCUCAGUAACGUCUACGAGAAAAGUUUCAAUCGAAUCGCAGCUGGUCUUCGUGUAAAAUCGUCUUGUCUUCAAAAUAUAACAACUGAAUUAGCCGUGUAUCAGUCUAGAACUCAUGAAAUAGUGUCUGUUCAGAAUUCAAAUUCUUCAUCUUAAUGAAUUAAUAUUUCAAUCUGGUCAAUAUCCUUUAUUUUUAGCAAAAGUUUUGUAUCUGAGAUGUGUCUUGUUGCUGAAACUGUGCAUUUGUAAUCUGUGACUUGUAAUUUCUCUAACAGUUGUAUUAAUUUCAAUAGUAGUAUGCUGGGGAAAAAAAAAAUAAAAAUAUACAUAUUUUUAGGUUACUAUUCUUUGUCUUUUUUGUCACUCAUUUUUCCGAACGUAAUAUUGUUUGAUUUUUUACUGAGG